GAGGGCCGGGUAAUUCGGAGACUUGUUUGCCUCACAGAACGUGUUGAAGAUCUCAUCGUGGAGUAUGAUCGAUGUGUCACCUUGGGGUUGGAAACAGACACUGAUGAUACUAGCUCAAACAACAUCGAAGACGAUCGGAGACACAGAUCAUAUAAGAAGUUGGCGACUUGGUGUCCAUCAAUUCGCAAACUUCUAAACUCAGUUACUGAGAGCGGUGAGCUCUCUCACAUAUACAGCAAGCUGAAUAAAGGUGCUGACGGCGCCAGGGCUGACGACACGACACGUCUCAAAGUGACAGUUGCUUCUUGGUUGAUGCAACUUACCCCGCCACCUAGCCCUGUCAUUCAAGGGCAGAACAAAAUAGGCCGCGGAUUCAACAACGACACUACUGGACGGCUCAUCUGUCCAGUCGAUUACGAUUGGAACGACUUAGCCGUCCGACAGCACAUCAGGGAAUACCACCCAGACUAUCGUGUUACAGCUUAUUCUUGGCCGGCAUUCUUGUACCAGGACGAACAAUACGACUCACAAAAGCCUACAAACGGUCUGUUCAAAGGAAAGUUACUUUUGAAGACAUAUAAAUUCAUUUUCACGUCUCCUACAUCUGCGGAAAUGGAAGACCAAGAGGAGCUUAACCUGGAUGACAUAUCCACACAAGGCCACCCAAAGCAGCGGAGGACCGCUGGGGAGCGUCGAACUCGCUGCGAUCUCAGAUUUGUCUUAUCCAGUAUGGGAUCAUGGCGAGUUGUAGACGACGAAUUCAAUCAUCAAGAGUUCUACAACAAUAUCGUCGACUUCCUCGAGCUUCCUAUGACACCAGACGCGUCCAAGGAAGUUGAUGACUUAUUAUUGUGGUGGAACCGCAAAGUAUUUGGACAUAAACAUGCAUCUGCUGAUCGUCCUCAAAGAGUUCAACACCUAUCUGUUGCACGGUGCAGAUGCUAG